AUGGAUUAUCUCUUCAUCAAAUUCAAGCAAGCCGCAGAGUUGACUCGACACGAGGAUGCCUCUCACUUCAAAUCAGGAAUCGACUGUGGUUGGGCGAAACUGGAGGACUACUACGUGAAGACCGAUCGGACCCCUGUGUAUCGCGCGGCGCUUGCGCUUCACCCUUCUUACGGAUACGACUACUUUGAGCGACACUGGUCUGAGGCAAUGUACAAACCGGAAUGGUACAGCGACAUGAAAAGAGCGGUAAGUGAUCUUUUCGAGGAAUAUCGACGACAGGCGGAGGUCGAGAUACAGGCCCAGACAGGGCUUUUGGACGACGAAUCCGAUAAGGAGGAAGCUAGCGCCGACAAUGACUAUAGCUCGUUCGGCAAGAGGUCAGUCACUUCUCUCAAUGUGCAGCGGAGGAGACCCAGAACCGUCACUGAGCUUGAUUUGUUCCAAACUCGGCCAAUUUACAUACAAGAUCUCGACGUCGCCGAUCCGCUCGAUUGGUGGAAUCAGCAUCAGCUUGAAUACCCAGUGCUGUAUCGAAUGGCGCUCGACCUAUUCUCGAUUCCCAUCAUGAGCGCUGAAUGCGAGAGAGUCUUUAGCCAGACCAAGAGACUGAUCACGGACGAGCGCAAUAAACUGUCAGUGGACACUGUGGAGGCAGAUCAGCUUCAAAAGCAAUGGUUAUCCAGAGGCCUGGUAGAGUAG